AUGGCUUCCCGUAUGUUUUUCCGCUCGCUGGCCACCGCUGCCCAGAGCGUCAAGCCUCCUGUCCAAUUGUUCGGCCUGGAUGGUACCUAUGCCACCGCCCUUUACACUGCUGCCGCCAAGGACUCUUCCAUCGAGAAGGCUGCUGCUUCCCUCAAGAGCUUGCAAUCGGCUCUGGAGAAGGACCCAAAGACCUCUGGAAUUCUCACCAACCCAGCCCUUUCUCUGGAUGACAGAAAGGUUUUGGUCAGCACAUUGGCCUCUUCCUACAAGCUUGAGCCAGUUGUUGUCAAUCUGUUGAACGUUCUGGCCGAGAACAACAGAUUGCCAUUGUUCGAGGAUGUUUUCAACCAAUUCUCUGUUUUGAAUGAUGCCCAUAACGGUCUUGUUGAGGCCACGGUCACCUCUGCCACCAAGUUGGACCCAAAGCUGUUGAACAGAAUCUCCAAGGCCAUCUCUGCCUCCAAGUACGUUGGUCAGGGUAAGACCUUGAAGCUCACCAACAACGUCGAGAGCGACAUUUUGGGAGGUUUGAUCGUCGAGGUUGCUGACAGAACCGUUGAUUUGUCCAUCUCUUCCAAGAUCACCAAGUUGAACAAGACCUUGACCGAGACUAUCUAA